AUGGGUGGAUCUAGUCGUGAUGAAUACUACGAAUAUGGGCAUGAGCUGAAUGAUAUGGAUAAGAAGAGUAAGGAGUAUAAUUCGAUACAGUUGGAUGACUCCUGUGAGGAGAUGACCCCCGGUGAAAAUGUAGAGACGAAGUUGGGUUGGUUUAACAGAAUAAUAGCGUCUGCUGCAGAGACCAAAGGUAUCGACCCAGUUUCUGAUGAGGAAAAGACUGAUACUUCUUUGUUGAAUGCAGCAUCUAUGUGGUUUACAGCUAAUAUGGUCCUUCCGGCAUUUUCUGUUGGAUGUUUGGGACCUAUGCUUUUCGAUUUGAAUUUUGGUGUUAGUGUUUUGGUUAUUGUUUUCUUCAGUAUCUUGGGUCUUUCAUCAGUGGCAUUCUUUUCAGUUUUUGGUGCUGAAUUAGGUUUGAGACAAAUGGUUCUUUCGAGAUAUUUGGUGGGGAAUAUUUGUGCGAGAGUGUUCGCUGUCAUCAAUACAGUGGCUUGUGUUGGGUGGGGUGUCGUUAAUACGGUUGCUGCUGCUCAAUUGUUAAAUUUGGUUAACAAACCUCACAACAUGCCUCUAUGGGCUGGAUGUGUUGUUAUUGUUGGUGGUACAGUUUUGGUUACAUUCUUUGGUUAUAAAGUGAUCCACCUAUACCAGAAGUACUCUUGGAUCCCCAAUUUUGCUGUUUUCUUUGUGAUUAUUGCUAGAUUGAAAUUAUCAGGGAAGUUUACUAAUGGUCCAUGGGGUGGUGGUUCUACAACCGCCGGUGAUGUCUUAUCCUUUGGUGUAUCUGUUUAUGGUUUUGCCGCAGGUUGGACUACGUACGCCGCUGAUUAUACCGUUUACAUGCCCAGAAACACUAACAAGUUGAAAAUCUUCUUCUGGGUUGGUGCUGGUCUUGCAUUCCCACUUUUCUUCUGUUUGAUUUUGGGAGCGGCUUGUGGAAGAGCUGCCAAAAAUGACCAAGAAUGGGCUGAUCUUUAUGAAAGCAGUGCAGGUGGUGGUCUUGCCUAUGCUGUGUUAGUUCCUAAAUCUGUUCACGGAUUUGGUCAAUUCUGUUGUGUUCUCUUGGCAAUGUCAACUGUUGCAAACAAUGUUCCAAACAUGUAUACCAUCGCAUUAUCUGUUCAAUCCAUUUAUGAACCAUUUGCUAAAGUUCCUCGUGUUAUUUGGACCCUCCUGGGUAAUGUGUUUACUGUUGCAAUUGCAUGUGCCGCUGCUUAUAAGUUUAGAACGUUUAUGAAUUACUUUAUGGAUUCCAUUGGUUAUUACUUAGCCAUUUAUGUGGCCAUGGCACUUUCUGAACAUUUCAUCUACAGAAGAGGUAGAUUUAGCUCCUAUAAUGUGGAAGACUGGAAUAAUUGGAAAACACUACCAGUCGGAAUUGCGGGUUGUGUCGCACUAUUUGCCUCAUGUUUCGGUGUUGCCGUUGGUAUGGACCAAUCUUAUUGGGAUGGUGAAGUUGCAAGACAAAUUGGUCAAUACGGUGGUGAUAUUGGUAUUGAGAUGGGUUUUGGUAUUGCAUUCGUCGUUUACAACAUUGGAAGACCAUUAGAACGCAAAUAUUUUGGCCGUUAG